AUGGCUCCCAUCCGACCUGAUACCAAGGGCCCCAACGGCCGCAGCACUGUCAUGCACUCCAAAGUGGUGAUCAUCGGGUCUGGUCCUGCGGGACACACUGCUGCUAUCUACCUCGCGCGUGCCAACCUUGAGCCAGGCUUCAUGGCCAAUGGCUUUGCUGCUGGCGGCCAACUUACGACCACGACCGAUGUCGAAAACUUCCCGGGUUUCCCAGAAGGCGUGAAUGGUACAGAGAUGAUGAACAAAUUCCGUGCCCAGUCGGUUCGAUUCGGCACAAAAAUCAUCACCGAGACUGUGUCUCAGCUCGACCUUUCCCGCCGUCCCUUCCGUUACUGGCGCGAGGGCACCGAGGACGGCGAGCCCGAGACUGCUGAUACGAUCAUCAUCGCUACUGGUGCAAGCGCCAAGCGCAUGAACCUCCCAGGAGAAGACACCUACUGGCAGAGCGGCAUCUCUGCGUGCGCUGUCUGCGACGGUGCAGUCCCCAUUUUCAGGAACAAGCCUUUGGCUGUUAUCGGAGGUGGCGAUAGCGCUGCCGAAGAGGCUACCUAUUUGACCAAGUAUGCUUCGCAUGUAUACGUCCUUGUCCGAAGGGAUGAACUCCGUGCCAGCAAGAUCAUGGCCAAACGUCUCCUGGCUCAUCCCAAAGUUACCGUCCUUUGGAAUACCGUGGCAGUCGAAUGCAAAGGCGACGGUGACCUUCUCAACUCCCUCCGGCUCAAGGAUACCAAGACUGGCGAGGAGAAAGACUUGCAGGUCAACGGUCUCUUCUAUGCCAUCGGUCACGAGCCCGCGACGACGCUCGUACGAGACCAACUCGAAACUGAUGCUGACGGCUACAUCCUGACCAAGGCCGGUACCGCAGAAACAAGCAUCAAGGGCGUGUUUGCGGCUGGUGACGUCCAGGACAAGCGAUACAGGCAGGCAAUCACCAGUGCUGGGAGCGGGUGCAUGGCUGCGCUCGAGGCAGAGAGGUUGUUGGCUGAGGAAGAGGAGCUCUAG